GUCCAUGAUGCUCCCAGCAGCGGCUCCCAGCUCCUCUCCUGCCCGCUGACACCGUCACCAUGAGCGUCCACUGCAGAGAAGUCAUCACCCUCCAGCUCGGACAUUAUUCCAACUUCGUCGGGACUCACUGGUGGAAUUUGCAGGAUGCGUCUUUGUCGUACGAUCCCGAGUCGCCUCCGGGUGAGAUCCAGAGCGACGUGGUGUUUCGUGAAGGACAGACUCUUGGCGGACACGUCACCUACACGCCGCGGCUCAUCGCCAUGGAUCUCAAAGGAAGUCUUCGUACUCUGCGGCAGGAGGGAAGUCUGUAUGAUGCAGGCAAAGACACGGCAGCCGUCACAUGGGAUGGAAGCCUCCUGAUGCACAAAGAAAGUCCUCCUGCAAAGAACUCGUUUCUUGAAGAUCUGGACAAGUUGGACAAGGGGGAGAUCCUGGCCGAGGUCGACUUCUCCUCCAGCCCUCAGCGUUCAGCAGCAGCAGCCGGCGGCGCCGGCGGCUCGGUGAGCGUCGAGUCGGUCAACAGCCGCCUGGCUCGAGUCCAGAAGGGCUACCGGCUGGAGGGCAGCGUCAAGGUCUGGUCCGACUUCCUGCGGAUCCACCUGCAUCCCAGAACCAUCUCCGUCAUCCACCAGUACAACCACGACGGGGAGGCUCACCGUCUGGAGGCCUUCGGUCAGGGAGAGUCUCUGCUGCAGGGCUCGGUUCUGGAGGAGCUGGAGGACAAACUGCACUUCUUUGUGGAGGAAUGUGAUUAUUUACAGGGCUUCCAGGUUUUCUGCGACCUGGCCGAUGGUUUUUCAGGUCUGGGAUCGAAGGUGACGGAGAUGCUGCAGGACUCGUACGGUGGUCGAGGCAUCCUGACCUGGGGCUUGGUGCCCGUCAGCCGGCCCGACUCGACUCCGGUGAAGGACCUCUACCACCUGCUGAACUGCACUCUGGGGACCGUCCACAUGGCCAACCACAGCUCCUUCUUCUGCCCGCUGACGCUGCGUGGAGGUCUGGGCAGGAGGCCUUCACCUCCCACCACCUUCAGCCACCUCAGCUAUGACCCCUCGCUCUGGUACCACUCCAGCUCCGCCCUGGCCUUGGCCCUGGACGCCCUCACGGUGCCGUACAGGCUGAGGAACAACAGCGUCCCCAUGUGGCAGGUGGCCGACACGCUGGCCGUGUCCGGGAGGAAGGUGGUGGCUGCGUACGGCGCCGUGCCCUUUCCCAUGAUGCACGGCGGCUCGCUGCCUGACGCUCUGAGCGCGUGCAGCGACGCCCCGCCCUGGAAGCCUCUGUCGGCCUGUCCUGAGGCCGCCGACGGUCGAUGCUACGGCCAGUGGGCGACGCUGAAGGGCUUCGAGGGCCAGAAACUGAUCAGCUCUCUGGCUCCAGGGACCAAACCCCCGACGCCCCUCCACAGCCUCCACAGCGGCGAGGACGUCCUGGCCUCCUACGUGGCGUCCUUCUACCCGUCGGCUCCUCUAGCUCUGCAGCUGGUGGCGACUCCCAGUAAACUCACGCCGCCGUUCCCUCAGAUCUUCAGCCCGGCGCUCGACGCUCAGGGCUUCCUGCAGAGCCAGACGCCUCCGGCCGGCAGUCCGGUUCCCCCUGUCUCCUCGGUGCCCGUCCUGACAUCGCUCCAGUCGGGCCCGGCCCUUGGCUCCUGGCUGUCGGAGCUUCACCGCGGCGCCGUGGCCUUCGACAUCCGCCGAGUGGCGCCCAGCUUCCUCUCUCAGGGCCCCGAACUCGCCGACUACCAGGAAGCUCUGGAGCAGCUCCGCCUGCAGGCCCGCUGUUACCGUGACGACAGCGCCGGCGUGAUGCGCUCUUCCUCCGAGGACGAGGAGGACGACUGACCUGAACAGACUUUAUUCACCGGAUGGAGCUGGCGUUACGCUUUCUCACAUCGCUGUUUAUAUGUAAUUAAAUGUAUUUUAUACCGAG